CAUGCCUGACUUUAAAAACGUGUUGUCAUGUUGUUGACAUUGCGUGUUACCUUUCUGAGAGCUAGUGCUAGUCACGCUUCAUUUCUGGUUACAUUAGUAACUGGCAGCGACAUGUAGGAAAUCUUUUUUUGGCUUGUUAAACUACCAAGAGACGACAAUCGAGUUUAUUUUUCCUCUUAACUAGCUAGCUAACAGGGUUGGUUAGCACAGCUAGGCGCCGAUGUCCAGUGAAAUGACGCUGCUGCUUCCAGACUGGGACGAUGACCAACGGAUGAACUUCCUGUUCUCGGACUUUAAGGAGAACCGGGAUGUGAACCCGUCGGACUGGGACAGUAAACUGGACUUUUGGACAGCUGCGGUGGUGCAGAGCUGCAGGGACCGCGGCACAGUCAGCUUCAGCCUGCAGGAGCUCAGCACCAGGUUCAGGAGGAAGGGAACCUCCCCGCUCGGCCUGGUCACCGUCAUCCAGUGUAUGGCCGGAAGUGGGAAAAUACAGAGGGAGUCAGAGUUUGCAGCCAGUGUGGACUGUGGCUGGUUGUCGUGGGGUGUUGGUCUGUUGUUGGUGAAGCCUCUGAAGUGGACCUUCUCAACCUUCUGGGAAGCCAACCAUGUGCCUUUGCAGGAGUCUUUUGUCAUCUUUGAAUUGGUUAAGGAGAAAGCGGCACAGUUGCUGAAAGCGUAUCGGAGCAGUGAAUUUGCAGGCCGCUCUGUCCUUUCGUUCCAAGACCUCUGUGCCCUCUCCUCUGGUGUGUGUGCUGAUGAAAGCACCCUGUGCAUGGCUCUCCUGCAGCUGCAGAGAGACAAACAAGUGUCAGUUCUACUUCAUGAAGGUGAAAAGAUGAUUAAGUUUGCUCAGCCCGGUCAGGAUCGCGUCUCUCCUGUCAAUGACAUGGAUGUAGGCAUCUACCAGUUGCAGUGCAGUGAGCGGUUACUUGGCGAGCGGGUGGAAGCACUAACUGUGGAAGCUGAUAAGUGUAAAGAAGAAACAAGACAACUGCUUCGUAAAGGGAAGAAAACACAGGCCCUGAGAUGUUUAAAAGGCAGCAAGAAGGUGGAAAAGCGACUGGACAACUUGUUUGCCAAACUGGAGACCAUUAGAGGAAUCCUGGACAGAAUAGCCCAUGCACAGACUGACAAGAUGGUUUUACAAACAUAUCAGGCUGGAGUGGCUGCACUGCGACUCUCUCUGAAGGAUGUGACUGUGGAGCGUGCUGAGAACCUUGUGGAUCAAAUCCAGGAGUUGUGUGAUACUCAAGAUGAGGUGAGCCAAACUAUAGCUACUGGCAUGUCCAGUGCAGAUGAAUACCUAGAUGAGUUGGACGAAGAACUAAAAUCAUUGUUGGAAGAGCCAAAGCCAGAGCCCAUCUCACCUUUACCCCAAGUUCCAUCAUAUCCUCUGCCAACGCCAUCUAGGCAGAAUAUCUCUGCCGACGACCUUCUCAGUUCUCUGCCCGCUGUCCCACAAGGCCACUUCACUAUGUCCACUGAGCAGCUGGAGGAAGAGUUGAAACAUCUAGCUCUCAGAGAUUCAGGAUUUCCACAGAAGCAAUCAUUGCCAUCAAGCAAGAGAUUAGAGUCUGCACAGUAAUGUGCCUGCUACACCUGAAGCUCAACGUAUCGCCACAGACUGGUUUUGGGGGCUGGGUUUCACAGUUGGUACCAUAAUCAUAUUAAUAAGAAUAUUUUUUUGUAAUCAGUAUACAAUGUGUGUAUCACAAUGUGUAUAUUCACCCUUGGUAUAAUGAUUUCAGCAGACAAAACAUAAAAGAAAAACUUCAGUAAAACUCUUUAGUGCUAUUUACUUUGAUGGGAAUUGUUACAAGUAAAAAAAAAAAUAUAUAUAUAUAUAUCUAUAAAGCAGACACAAAGAUCACACCCUACCAAAUAUCAGUGAAGAAUAUUACAGAAGUUAUCCCUGCCCUGUUUUAUUUUUUAAAAAUUGUGAACCACAAUUCAAGUUUUAUAUAUAACUAAGUAAUUUAUUUUCUCCUGUGUUCAGGGUUACCACAACCAAUGUGGUUGGUUUCACAGGUUGAUUUGGCACACUUUUUGUUUGUUUAUUUAUGUACCUUGCUAAAUACUGUUUCUUGCACCACUCUGGAUGUAGUACAAGGAGAAUGGGAUUCUCAAACCAUGAAUUUUCUUAUUGGGAGGUAGACAUGCCAACCUGUUGCACUACACUAUGAUGGUGACAAACAAAUGACAACAAAAACACACCUGGUGAUAUAAUAUUUGAAUAUUUAUUUUCCACUGCAAAGACAAGUGAGAUGUUCAAAACACAUAUUAUUUGUACAAAGUCUACAUAAAUUACCACAGGCAUUUAAAUUAAAAUGUUCAAGAUUGUGUGUGUCAUUGGAGUGUUACAUGCAGAAAUAGCACCAUCUAAUGGUCUUGUCAGAGAGCACCAGGUUUUUCAAUGACAGUCUUAAAAAUGUUGAUAUUAAUAUAAUAAAAUUAUGUGAGCACCGAAAUUUAAGUUUGCAUAAACUUAUUUUGCACAACUGCAUGCACUUUUUUUGAAAUGGUUAUCAUAUGAGCAGACUUGAGAAAAUUGCUCGACUGCAGUCUCUGUUACAACUCAGUUUGAAAUGGUUGUUUAAAGAUGUGAAAGGCUCGUUAGAGUUGCAUCUGCAGCCUGUGCUGCAUCAUUACAUCUCUCACUGCCAGUGUAGAAAUAAAUCUACAUAAUUCCAUAUGUGCCUUUUAUUACACAUGACAUUAAAAUGACACACCUGCGAGAGAAAAACAACUGUGGAAGUAUUUCCUGUAAUGGAUUAGCUAUCCCAAGAAGGUUUCAAGUAUCAGCACUUUGAUAUUCGAGCAUCAGAAUGAACUGAAUCCAGUGAGUCUCAGGAAUGGUACGUCGAUUCAGAUCACCACCAAAACUCGUUCAACACUUAGUUUAC